CAGAUAAGAGAACUGGCUUAUUGGCUGGCUGGCUGCUGCCUGUAGCCCACUUUUUUUUUUUCUUUUAAAUCAUAAACAAGAGGUCUUGCCGUUUGUGUUACAGGGCGAAAAACAACGACAUCGCACCCGCAGGAGCUACCGAGAGGACGGUAGCAUGAUAGUCGAGGAGAGGAAUCGGCAGGAAGAGGGCCCGUAUCUGCAUUUCACUUCGCCUACACCGAAUUCAUUGAGUCGGUAACCAGCGUCCGACAUGGGGAAGGAGGUAAAUGGCGUGUCGCGGAGCCGGUUUGAGAUGUUCACAAACAGUGAUGAGGCGGUCAUCAAUAAGAAGCUGCCUAAGGAGCUGUUGCUACGAAUCUUCUCCUUUCUGGAUGUGGUGACACUCUGUCGCUGUGCCCAGGUCUCACGGUCCUGGAAUGUUCUCGCAUUGGACGGCAGCAACUGGCAACGAAUCGACCUCUUUGACUUUCAGAGGGACAUCGAGGGCCGAGUGGUGGAGAACAUCUCAAAGCGAUGCGGAGGGUUCCUUAGGAAGCUGAGUCUGCGGGGUUGCCUGGGUGUGGGUGAUAGCGCCCUGAGGACUUUCUCGCAGAACUGCAGAAACAUUGAGCUACUUAGUUUGAACGGCUGCACCAAGAUCACAGAUAGCACGUGUAAUAGCCUCAGUAAGUUCUGUCCAAAGCUGAAGCACCUGGACCUUGCCUCCUGUACCUCAAUCACCAACCUGUCACUCAAAGCUCUCAGUGAGGGUUGUCCUCUGCUGGAGCAACUUAACAUCUCGUGGUGUGAUCAGGUCACCAAGGAUGGUAUCCAGGCGCUGGUGCGUUCCUGUCCUGGACUCAAAGGCCUUUUCCUCAAGGGAUGCACACAGCUCGAGGACGAGGCUUUGAAACAUAUCGGGGCCCACUGUCCAGAGCUGGUCACACUCAACUUGCAGACAUGCUCACAGAUCACAGACGAGGGCCUCAUCACAAUUUGCCGGGGUUGUCACCGCCUGCAGUCCUUGUGUGUGUCGGGCUGUGCCAAUAUCACAGACGCCAUCCUGCACGCCCUCGGACAGAACUGUCCUCGCCUCAGAAUAUUAGAAGUGGCCCGUUGCUCUCAGCUUACAGACGUGGGCUUCACUACAUUAGCAAGGAAUUGUCAUGAGCUUGAGAAAAUGGAUUUAGAAGAAUGUGUGCAGAUCACAGAUGGAACACUCAUCCAGCUGUCUAUCCACUGCCCUCGUUUGCAAGUCCUGAGCCUGUCUCACUGUGAGCUGAUCACCGAUGAUGGCAUCAGACACCUCGGCAGCGGCCCCUGUGCUCACGACCGUCUGGAGGUGAUCGAGCUGGACAACUGCCCCCUGAUCACAGAUGCCUCAUUGGAGCACCUGAAGAGCUGCCAUAGUCUGGAUCGCAUCGAGCUCUAUGACUGCCAGCAGAUCACCCGCGCUGGCAUCAAGAGACUAAGGACCCAUCUGCCUAACAUCAAAGUGCAUGCAUACUUCGCUCCCGUCACUCCGCCCCCCUCAGUCGGGGGGAGCCGUCAGAGGUUUUGCCGCUGCUGUGUCCUGCUAUGAUGUAAAGACAACAACCCCCCUCUCCUCCCCUCCGUUUCCCCUCGUACACGUUCCCCACAGCCCGUCACUUGACCCCCAACCUGCUGUCCCCCUUCCGGCCCCCUGUCACAGAGCACAUGCUGGUUUGUGUCGUCCCCCACCACCACCACCACCCUUUGGAGCUGCAGAGAGAGGGAGAGAGCCAAAUAACGCUACAGGAACUUGGGGUAACUUUUCCCAAAAAAACAUUCCCGAAAUCUCUCCACCGCACCGCACAGUACAUGCACAAAAAAAGCAUACACACACAGGUUGACUCUUAGAAGAAUGUCAGAACAUUCCUGGUCUGUGUUCAGCGGAAAAAAAUAAAUCCGAUGUGAUCAGCACUGUUAACUCUUCAUUUUCUUCAAUUGAAAUACACAGUAAUACCAAACGAGGGGAGCUGUACUCUUUACUUAGCAUUUUGACACAGAUUACAGUUGUAGCCUCUAAAACGAAAAUCGAAAAGGCUGGACAAUCCCUCUUAACGUGUCACACAUACUACCCUCCAUAUUGAAGGUCACUUAACAGCUACCUCUAGACGGGAACUGCACUUGAGUGAGACCUGUGUUAGCUUUGUUCUGCAGGCUGUUUAUUUAAAAUAAAAAAAAACAGGGGCAGCAAUGCAACCAGUAAACUGCCGACACCCCCAACACAAGCAGCAGAAGCCCUUUUUGUGAUUUUUUUUUUCCUUUAAGCAUACCUGCAGCUAUUUGCACUUACAGUAAAGCAAUGAUGAGACACUUUACAAAGACGGCCAUCAGAAUUUAAGGCUGGCGUUUCCACUAACAACCUACACACAAACCUUCACUCACAUGUACACACUGAGCUUGCUACACCUGUACCCUCACCUCUCUCUGUCUCUCUGUCUACAAUCAGAAGCUUCAACGUACCGAAGAGGAAAAAAAAAAAGACAAAGUUUAAUAUUUUUCUAAAAAAAAAAAAAAAAAGGACACCAAUUCAGACUCACAAGUGGGGACUCGAGAAGAUGCCAAAUGUUGCAUGUAACACCUCUAGUUUUUUAAAAUCUAAUUGUAAAUAUGUGAGGACUGUGGAGUCCGAGAGUCGAAGCCAGCUAAACAACAGAGGUGGAGAUGAGAUGGGGGGGGCAGAGAUUGCUGUCUUUCUGAGGGAAUUAUGGCAAAGCUCACACAUGCUUGUGUGUUUUGGAAUAUGUGCUGGAGCUUUGGACGGUCAAAAGCCUGGACUUGAUCUGGAGUUUGAUGGCAGAACUGAUGCUGGCCUGCGAGGUCUCAUGUCAACAAACAGAUGAAACAGAAAAGUUCUAAAGACACUCAUUUGACAGAAGAAGAAGAGAAAAAAAAAAGUCUGACAUCACUACAUGAAUUCAUGCUGUCAGACCUGGACAAUGGAAAGAAAAAGCCAACUGAAAACAAUCAAAGUACGUCUAUUUUUCAGUUAGUUUGAUUUCAUUUAGUUGCUCUUGUUUUCGCAUCGGUGACGGUUCUGAUGACGCGGAACUGGUGAACCACGUGCGGCAGUGAGAGGACAUCGCCGACUCCUCAACUCCUACGAGGCCUUGCAGGGGACGGAGUGGCAGCAUGUUGGCACCCUUGCCACCUCCUCUGUCUGUCUGGGACCAGCGACGCUGCUGGUGGUAAAGUCUGGAUCAGACUGGUGGAGUCACUGCAAAAAGGAAGUCAACUGAAUCUGGAGUGCACAAUUCUGGCCUGCUGACAGAUAUGAUGGACAUUUAUGUCACAACGGAGGGCUAUAAUGGACUACAGCCCCGCCCUAUGAAGUAUUGAAGCCUUUUCUUAUGGAUUAUCUUCUCCUGCACUUGCACCUGCUUUAUUCUGUGUCUCUUUUACUGCCCCAUUUCAUUUUAUAAAUGUGUCUUUUACUGCUUUUCUUUCUGAUUUUCUCUGGAACUCAGACCUUUUCUCUUCUUUUGCUUUUCUGUUUUUGGUGUGGUUUUGGAUUGCGCCUGCUUUGUUUUUUGAAGUCACGAGUUCAGUGUCUCCAAGUUGAGUUUGAGUCCUCUUCCAGUCCUCGGUUUUUGAUCUGAUGGUGUUUUGUGUUUUUAUUAAGAGUUUAUUGUUACUAAAUGUCCAGAGUGUAGCCUUUGUCCAGGGGAAGUGUUUGGCGCCAGUGCAAUUGUAAUAAAUGUUCAAAUUUGA